AUGCACAUGCGCUCGCUGCGCGCCGCGGCGCCGCACAGCUUCGUGGCGCUCUGGGCGCCGCUGUUCCUGCUGCGCUCCGCCCUGGCCGACUUCAGCCUGGACAACGAGGUGCACUCGAGCUUCAUCCAUCGGCGCCUCCGCAGUCAGGAGCGCCGAGAGAUGCAGCGCGAGAUCCUCUCCAUCUUGGGCUUGCCCCAUCGCCCGCGCCCCCACCUCCAGGGCAAGCACAACUCGGCGCCCAUGUUCAUGCUGGACCUGUACAAUGCCAUGGCGGUGGAGGAGGGCGGCGGGCCCGACGGCCAGGGCUUUUCCUACCCCUACAAGGCCGUCUUCAGUACCCAAGGCCCCCCUCUGGCCAGCCUGCAAGAUAGCCACUUCCUCACCGACGCCGACAUGGUCAUGAGCUUCGUCAACCUUGUGGAACAUGACAAAGAGUUCUUCCACCCGCGCUACCACCACCGGGAGUUCCGGUUUGAUCUCUCCAAGAUCCCAGAAGGGGAGGCCGUGACUGCAGCUGAGUUCCGCAUUUACAAGGACUACAUCCGGGAACACUUCCACAAUGAGACAUUCCGGAUCAGUGUCUAUCAGGUGUUGCAAGAGCACCUGGGCAGGGAGUCUGACCUGUUCCUGCUCGACAGCCGCACCCUCUGGGCCUCAGAGGAGGGCUGGCUCGUUUUUGACAUCACAGCCACCAGCAACCACUGGGUGGUCAACCCGCGGCACAACCUGGGCCUGCAGUUGUCAGUGGAGACUCUGGACGGACAGAGCAUCAACCCCAAGUUGGCGGGCCUGAUCGGGCGGCAGGGGCCCCAGAACAAGCAGCCCUUCAUGGUGGCCUUCUUCAAGGCCACUGAAGUCCACCUCCGCAGCACCCGCUCCACGGGGGGCAAGCAGCGCAGCCAGAAUCGCUCCAAGACGCCCAAGAACCAGGAAGCCCUGCGGGUGGCCAACGUCGCAGAAAACAGCAGCAGCGACCAGAGGCAGGCAUGUAAGAAGCACGAGCUAUACGUCAGCUUCCGGGACCUGGGCUGGCAGGACUGGAUCAUCGCACCCGAAGGCUAUGCCGCCUACUACUGUGAGGGGGAGUGCGCCUUCCCUCUGAAUUCCUACAUGAACGCCACCAACCACGCCAUCGUGCAGACGCUGGUGCACUUCAUCAACCCAGAAACAGUGCCCAAGCCUUGCUGUGCUCCGACUCAGCUCAAUGCCAUCUCCGUGCUCUACUUCGAUGACAGCUCCAACGUCAUUCUGAAGAAAUACAGAAACAUGGUUGUCCGGGCUUGUGGCUGCCACUAGCUCUUCCUGGAAGUCACACGCUUCCGAGUCACGGUUUUCUGGAUCCUGGGUCUCUCACCGUCCAGCACCUCCCACCUCCUCGGCGAGGAGCCA